CACACACAUACACACUUGCUUGCUCGUUCGCUCGCUCGUUUUUGCACAGCCAAUACAUUUUGCUUUUUGAAAGCAAUCUCGGCCAACGGUUUUGCUCACUUUAUUUUCCCUUUUUCUCUACUUUCCAGCCAUCAACACACCCGCCCCUCUUUUUCUCUCUUUCGUGUUAUUCUUUUUUUGGCCCUUUCUUUUUUCGGCACACUUGGUCCUUUUUAUUUUAUUUUUACCCGCCCUAUUUUCUCUUUUUUAUUUUUACACACGCACACUCACAGACACUCCACUCGACCUUGUGCACCUCUCCCCUACCAAAGCAUUUAUCCCUUAUUUUUUUCAUAAUCAACGGGAAUCGGCAUAAAAGACAUUCUUGCGAGAUGAACGAAGGAAACUUACACGGGCAAGGCGGUCUGCCGUUGGGUGCGCCUGAUGGCUUGUCGGGAUAUACAGGAACCAACCACGAUACCUUUUACGAGGUGCACGAAGGAGACCUUGACUUUUCCGAAACCGGCCACCGAGACAACCUCGAGCCCUUCAUUCCUCGGCGCAGCGCCCCGGCGCCGCCCAACGCCAAGCACUCUGCAGCGAGCUCGCAGAUGGCGGCGGCCUCUGCCGGUGCCAACAGCGGCGCAGCAUACUCCAAUGGCAGCAGCAUCCCCUCUUCGAAGGAGCCUCGCAUCAUGGUUCCCACGCGUCAGGCGCCCCCACCGCCCAAGAAGACCGGCCUGGGCCCAGGUGGCGGCAGCGCCAGCGGCGGCAGUACCCUGCAGCGCAGCAAGACCACAGGCGCCUCGACGCUGCCCACGCGCAAGUACUCUGAUGGAAGGCCCCUGAACAGCACGUACCUGGGCCAGCUGGAGCCUGUUCACUCGGACACCAACCAGACCAACAAGUCGUUCAAGGGCGCUGUCAACAAGCUGUUCUCGUCUAUGUUUGACUCGCUAUCUGGAGAGAGCCGGUCCGAGAUCUCUGCUCCGUACAACCCCAUCCAUCUCACACAUGUCGGUUUCAACAAUGAGACUGGCGAGUUCACGGGACUGCCACGUGAAUGGUCUAUUAUGCUCCGCGAGGCCGGCAUCUCCAAGCAAGAUCAGGAGGCCAAUCCGCAGGCCGUUGUCGAGGUGAUGCGCUUCUACCAGGAGAACACGAAGCACCACGACGACAACGUGUGGAUGAAGAUGGCUUCCCUGGAGAAGAGUCUGCUGGAAACUGACGCUGGACGCCAGUUGACUCAGGCGUCGUCACAGAGCGUCUCGUUUGCAACAAAGGAGACCAAGGGCUCGCCCCCGCCCCAACUGCCACAAAUCGGCGACCCCUCGACGAAUAAAAUGCCAGCCAAUAUUAACACGGGCUACCCCAAACCCGACCAGUCCUCCCGCGCCGACCAGUACUCGCCCCAGUACCAUUCUGCGAGCGCCGCUGGCCCUCCUGUUCAAGCGCCGUAUCGCCAUCAGCAUUCUGGAAGCGAUGGCUCGAAGCCCCCUGUUCCCAAUGGUGCCGGUGCCGGUGCCGGUGGUAUCAACCAGCUGCAGCGCGCGUAUGACGAGGAUGCCGAUCAGACUAGGUAUCGCCAGCCGCAGCCGCAGUGGCAGAACGCGGCCAAGGCUAAGCCUGGAUAUGGUCAGCAGAACUACCAGCCACAGCCUGCUGCGCCCUUGUCGUCGGCUCAGCUUAACAGCAAGUCCUCGCAGAAUAUUCCUCCGCAACAGCAGCAGCAACCUCAGCAGCAGCAGCAGAUGUCUCAGCAAGCACAGGAGCAGCAUCAGAGUGCACUCAAGCGUGGCCUUACAUUGCCGAGCAAUCCCAGGGAUCAAAUGACGCACCAGCAGCAGCAGUACGCUGCCCAGCACCAGCAGGCUUCAGCCUCGUCUUCAGGCCUGAAGAAGCAGUCUAGCAGCCACCAGCUGAAGCGCGGCCCAGCACCCAACCCGUAUGCCCAGCAGCCGGUGCCCCAGGUCCAGCAGGCAGUCUACCAGUCCAAGCCGCCCGUUCAGCAGCAGCCCAGCAUGCAGCCUGCUGGCGUACAGCGUCACAAGACUAUGCCUAAGACCACCCCGUCUGGCGCCCUGCAGCACCCAUCGCAGCAGCCGCAUAUGCCAAUGCAGCCGACGCCGCCGACGAGCAACCCGGCCAGCAACGGCGGGGCUCAGCACCAACCGUCGACAGAUGAGGUUGUCGACCGCCUGAAGCAGAUCUGCAAUCCUAACGACCCCAUGCUGCUGUAUCGCAACUUUGUCAAGAUUGGACAGGGAGCUUCUGGCGGUGUCUACACUGCGCAGCCAGUGGGUAGCCCAAAUAUCGUUGCCAUCAAGCAGAUGAACCUGGAGAAGCAGCCCAAGAAGGACCUGAUCAUCAACGAGAUCCUUGUGAUGCGGGAGAGCAAGCACAAGAACAUCGUCAAUUUUAUCGACAGCUUUCUGCACCGCGGCGACCUCUGGGUGGUCAUGGAGUAUAUGGAGGGCGGCAGUCUGACGGACGUCGUGACUAACAAUCUGAUGACCGAGGGCCAGAUUGCCACGGUGUGUCGCGAGACGCUGGAGGGACUCGAGCAUUUGCAUGCCAAGGGUGUCAUCCACAGAGAUAUUAAGUCAGACAACGUGCUGCUGUCGAUGAACGGCGACAUCAAGCUUACUGAUUUCGGGUUCUGUGCCCAGCUGACGGAGAGCAUGGCCAAGCGCACAACAAUGGUGGGCACGCCCUACUGGAUGUCUCCCGAGGUUGUCGAUGUCUGGUCGCUGGGUAUCAUGGCCAUUGAGAUGGUUGAGGGCGAGCCACCGUAUUUGAACGAAAACCCCCUGCGUGCAUUGUACUUGAUUGCCACUACGGGGACACCCAAGAUUCAGAAUCCCGAGAGCCUGUCGCCUAUUUUUAGGGACUUCCUUGGCCAGGCCCUGGAGGUCAGUGCCGAAAAGCGGCCUAAUGCUACAGAACUCCUGCGCCAUCCGUUCUUGCAGAAAGCUGAUCCUCUGCGCUCCCUGGCCCACUUAUCCGGGCUGCUCUAUUGGGGAUAAUUAGCU